AUGGGGAAGAUGCCCUCGUUUGAGUCGCUGGGCGUCCACCCCACAUUGGUUUCGGCACUGCGACGGGUCGCUGUGCAACCGACGCCGUUCCAGGCGCGUGUCUUGGCCAACACAACAACCGACUUCGCAGACAUUGUGGUGGACGGACGUGCAGCAGGCGGCGGUGCCGGCGGUGACGGCAGCACGAGUUCGCGUGCCGUCACGGCGGAGCGGCACAACCUCAUCACGAUCUUCACCGCGCACUGCCUGCUUGCUGCGAAGGAGCCCUCGCGAUGCACGGCGGUAGUGAUCGCCAGCAGCAAGGACUGCGCCGCGCAGCUCCAGAAGAGCAUGAAGACAUUUGCAUCGUACUGCAACAUCGACUUCUACGUGCUUGCAAACGAAGGGCAGAAGCCGCCGCUGCUGGGCGACGACGGUGGGGACUCUCAGGCGUCGUCGUCCGCUUCGAAGGGCGGGCGCAUUUUCAUCACCACGUUGCGGGUGCUGCGCACGUGGGACAAGGAAUUCCUCAAGUCUAUCACGACAUUAGCGGUGGAGGAUGCGAGCCGGAACAACGAGCGGCACCUCGAGGAGGUCCUCCGCCUGCUGACACCGUUGUCGCCCCAACCACCACCAGCAGCAACAGCAACAGGAGCGGGUGCCACGAUAAGUUCAAACGUAUCCGCUGGCAACGUUAACACUUCACGGCCUCUGGUGAACAUCUUUCUCAUGUAUCUUGUGCCCCUGACGAAAGUGAGCCCCGGGAUACGGUACUGUUUGAGCCGCAGAAACCGGCGCUACUACCACCUGCAGGGUACAUCCCCCGCAACUUGGGUGCCGCCGCAGACCCCUUCGGGCACGGCGCCGCCUUCAUCCACGCAACUGGUGCAUCUCCUCUAUCUGGAUGAGAAGGACCGCGAAGAGCUUUUACGCCGCGUGCUGCAGGUGUAUCACUCACGCCGCAUCUUGCUGCUUACUCAUCACAAAGAGAUCAAGCACCUGUACCAAACUGUAUGCAAAUGGGAUCUGUACAACACUUCCACCAAUGAUCCAAGUAACAGCAGCGGUAGAGUGUCGGAUUUUACGUGUUGUAUGUUUCGCUCUGACUCCGCGGAACGACAAGAGACGUCCUUGACGAGCUUUACUCGCGACCAGAAUACCAACAACAGUAACAGCAAUCACUCCGGAAGCUACAACAACAGUAGAAGAUCCUCUGCGCUCUUGAUAAGUUGGGAUGCCUUCACCGCUGUGGAUCUCAUGGACGUGGAUGUUUUCAUUCAGUACUAUCCGCCGCAGAAGUCGCUCACCGAGCGGGAGCGCGCGGAGUACAUCCAGGUGUUACACACCACGGCUGAUCCUGACGAGAGUCACCGCGGCCGCCGAACGGUGCUUAUCACGUUCCUCACAGUCAGUGAUUUCACGCUUGCCUCUUUCUUCAUGCGACAGUAUGGCCAAAACGGCCCAAUCCUCAACAUCGCACCGAAUCACCCAGAGUUCGAGCGGUGCCUGAGCGACCCAAAGGGGCUGCUGAAGCUGAAGCAACGAAAGGAAGGAGAUCGCCGCGACAGGGAACGCGACGAUGCUGGCCACAACGCCACCGCUAGUAGCGGGUGCAGCGGUGGGCCGGGGGCUGCGCCGGUGCCUUUGCCACGCUCCAUGCGUUACACAUCACCGGGGAUGCGGAAGGAGAAGGUCCACUCGAGCAGCGAUAGCAGCAAGGGCGGCCGCAACAACAACAACAACAACAACAACAAUGCAGCUAGGGGCGGUGGCGGUGGCGGCGGCGCGGUGGAGAAGUCGCAUGGUGGUGGGAAAUGGGGUGAUGGCAGGCCACGACGUGCCGGCGGCGAGGCGCUCAGUAGAGCCAACUCAACAAGUCCGUCGCCGUCGCUAGGGGCGGACACAUGGGUGGCACGCGGCGGAUCCAAUGAUAACACAGCGAAGGCGAAGCCGAAUGCAACAUAA